AUGCCAGCAAGUACGGCCGACUCGACACAAGGCGACUCAGAGGAGACUUGUGUGAUAUGCCUCUCUUCAGUAACAGAGAGGGCCAUCGCCUAUCCAUGCAACCACUACACAUUUGACUUUGUAUGUCUGGUGUCCUGGUUGCAGGAACGGUCGACUUGCCCGCUAUGCAAAGCACAAGUUACCGCGGUGCAGUACGACUGGCGCUCUCCGACUGACUACAAAAGCUAUACUGUUCAUCGCAGCCACCCACCCAGCACUACUCGACCUACCCAUGCGUCCCAUAGCCGCACCGAUCGACCUGGCUCUCUUUUCGCACCUUACGGACUGCCGAGCAGACCACGUGGCCCGCGCCGUCCAUAUUCGCCACCGAUUGAAGAUGUUGCGUUGCGCAGACGUAGAGACGUGUAUCGAAGGAAACUGUAUUCGCUGCAUGUCGGUAGUAAUCGCUUCUCAGGAUAUCGCGACAUUUCUCCCCAAAUGAUCGCAAACUCGCCUGAAUUGCAGUCGAAAGCACGUGCUUGGAUUCGACGCGAACUCCGUGUCUUCACCUUCUUGCACAUUGAUUCAGCGGGUUCAUCCUCUAAUGCAGCUACGACGAGUAGCAACGCCGAAUUCUUGCUGUCAUACAUUGUGUCGAUUCUGAGAAUGGUAGAUCUGAGGGCAAGUAACGGACACGCGGAGAAUUUGUUGUCGGAAUACUUAGGCAGAGAGAACAGCAAGCUAUUCCUUCAUGAGCUGAACAGCUGGCUAAGGAGCCCGUACACGAAGGUCGAGGCAUGGGAUCGGGAAAUUCAGUAUCAAGAAGAUCUGGAACAAGACUAG